GACGCACCCAGAUUUUGAGCCUCUUUCUUUGAGGGAAAAAGGUGCAUCUUAUACUCCGCAGAGUGCGCAUCUGGCACAUGCACAAAAUUGUGCACGUACUGAACCAGCACUAAUGCUGGCAGCAACCCAACCACGCUAUAGUCCAAAAGAGUCACCAUAUAGGCGAGAUGUGCAGCAUGAAAAUUAAAUAAAAAUAAGAAUGCCAAAUUCUGUAAAUGAAUUGUUACAUCUGCCAGCACAAUUACUAAGCUAUUAGAUUCUUUCUUCCCCUUUUCUCUUGUGGGGAUAGCUGAACCAGGUUGUCUUCUGAUAAAUAGGUAUUUUGUAAUACUGUUGUAAAUUACUUAUGGCAAGUAAUUAAGAAAUUUGCAAGACCACUUCCCUCCCAUACUCUAAACCAGUGUUUCUCAAUCUUAACCAAUUAAAGAUGUAUAGAAUUCAACUCCCAGAUUCCACAGUCAGUCCACACAUCUUGAAGUUUCUAAGGUUGAGAAACACUUCUCUAAAAAUGUUAAAUAUAUGCACCUGCUCAUAUUAACCAGAACCACUUUAAUGGUUCCUUUGUUCUUUAGAAGUUUACCUGUUCUGAAGGUUCACUGAAACUACUACUUCAAUAAAAAAAAUAUUUGUUUUUCAAUAAACAUCUAUGGACACACAAACUACACCUCUUUGCCAAUAACUUCUAAGUAUAAAUGCUUAUAUGCAGUAUAUCCAAUAUUAACAAUCCGAUAACAACUUGUUUAGACAAAGGUCUGCUCAAUUAAGCUUACAGUCAAGUGUGGCGAUUACACAGCUGUCUCCCAGAAGUAUCAGUAGGAUAAGGGGAGAGCAUAUAAGCAUAAAUUUACUUGCUGACUUCUAAUUGGUCAGCAGGCACUUCUAUAAAACUUGAGUUACACAACUUUUGCUGGGAAACUUGGAGAAAAAUAAAUAAAUCUUUAAAUAGAAAGGGAGUACUUCUAUGUAACUUCCAGAGAAAUCAAAAGAAGGUAAAAUAUAGUUCAGUAUAAAAACAGUAGUUUAAAUAUACAAUGUGCAGAGAAAAAAACAGCCUUAUUAAUGCUUAUUUAGAUAUUAAUGAUGCUUAUCCUGAAAAGGUUUGUGCCUAAUUUGCCUGUGGUGAUAUACUUUGCUAAGCUAUGAUUUGUUUAAAGAAUGGUUUGUUAAAUAACUUACAAUAGAUAAGUUUAUGCAACAUAUUAACCCAUUAUCAAACAGUAACUUACAGUGUAAUAUGUGUGAAAGACCUAAAAUAAUCUUAUAUAAAGAUUAAGCCUGAAACGAGGAAAAUACAUAAAAUAUGUAUCUGAACUAAAAAUUAUAAUUAAAAAGUACACUUUCUGAAACAUGUUCUCUUAACAUAUUUACUCUGGUUUCUCUUCAGAUCGUAUAAAUCUUUUGCCUUUUUUUUAAGAAUUUGAAUCUCUUCGUGUCAUAAAAAACAACUACCGUAUGGGUUAGUUAGGUUCAGAAGCUCUUAUUGACUAUCCUUUAGAAUUUUACUUGUGGAGAAAGGUUUACUAGUGGUUUAUUUGUGGUUUAGUAAUAGCCUUACAUGUUUUGUAUUUUCACAAAACAGUACCAGACUAACAUAACUGUUAUGUUAUUCAAAGAACCAUUUCUCUUUAAUUAAAAGAAGCUUAAAUUCUAGAGAUUUCAUGGAUACAGCUACAGUAUUUCAUUUUUUACAACAUCAUGGAUGUUCUUAAUUGUUGCCUUUAUUUAUUUAUGUAUACAUAUUUUUAUGUUACUUCAAUUUCCUGCUAGUUCAUAGCCCUGAUGUUUCCCAAUGAUCUUCCCUCCAAGCAUCUCCAAAAUCAACCAACUGAACAAAAAUAAAAAGCUCUCAAGUUGAGCAAAACUGCUGACAAUUUCCAAGCAUUUUGGGUGCAUUGUGAACAAUACAUAAGUGAUCUGCCAUUUUGCAAGAAAUUUGAUCAACUUCCUACUCUAUUCUGCAAAUUUAGGCUCAAUCCUAGUUUGUUUCUAACCCAGCCAAGGUCAACUAGCUGCACCCCCUUGCAGUGUCUGCAAGUACUUUUAAUUUAGCAUUUGUGGAGAAUUUUAGAUUCACUGGUUUGGAUCCUGAAUGAUUAAGCAUAUUUGAAAUUGAAAUCAAUGGAUCUUUAUGAUAAUUAAAGUUUAGGUUAUAAUUAGUUGUCUAAUAAGUAAUACUUGGUUCAUAACACUAAUGAGAGUUUUUUUGGUUAAAAAUGUACAAGCUAGGUUUUUUGUUCUGCUGUCAUAUAGUGAAGAAUGAAUUGCCAAGAAAAUUAUGGAACUGCUUUCACGGGGUGUGGCAUGGUAGAAGCAGUAUCUCGUGAAGAAUUGUCUGAAGCAUCUAGUCCUGAAGAAGUGAAGGAACUAUAUCAGCCCCUGAAAGUUUACUUGAGAGUUCGGCCCUUCUCAAAGACAGAGCUUGAAAAUAAUGAAAACCAGGACUGUUUAAUUAUUGAAAAUCAAGAGACAAUAACACUUCAGACUCCAAAAGAAUUGGCGCAAAUAAAGAAUAAUGAAAAGAAGAUUGGACAAUCUGCACAUCAAUUCACCUUCACAAAGGUUUUUGGACCAGAUACAACGCAAAAUGAAUUUUUUGAAGGCACAAUGAAAGAUAUUGUAAACGCUUACCUUGACGGAAGAAAUGGCCUUGUUUUUACUUAUGGCGUCACUAAUGCAGGCAAAAGUUUCACUGUCCAAGGUUGUCCAAAAGAUGGUGGCAUUCUUCCUCGCUCCCUUGAUAUGAUCUUUAAUCAUAUAAAAGGAAGACAGUAUUCAAAGAUGAAUUUAAAACCUUGCUUCAGUAAUCUUACCAAGAUGCUAAAUGACAUGCAAGUUAAGCAAGAAGAAUCCAUUAAAGCUGCACUUCUUUUUUCUUUGAAAGAGGAAACUGAAAAUAUUUGGAAACCUUCAGAUUCAACGUCAUGUAGCUGUAACUCACCAAACCUUCCUUUGGACCAGUUAGAUUACAAGCCUGAAUUUGUAAAAUCAGAAGCUUAUACCAUUGGUCAGAAAAACUUGGCAUCACUUUGGGUUUCCUUCUUUGAAAUUUAUAAUGAAUAUAUUUAUGACUUGCUGGACUUACUACCAGUCUUGAAAAAUCAGAAGCGCAAAGUUUUAAGAAUCUGUGAGGAUCAAGGAGGAAACUUUUACAUUAAAGAUUUAAAAUGGGUCAAUAUAUCAGAUUCAGAAGAGGCUUGUAAAAUACUUAAAAUAGGAAAUAAGAAUAGAAGUUUGGCAAGCACCAAGAUGAACCAGCAAUCCAGUCGAAGUCACAGUAUAUUUUCUAUUCGACUCCUCAGUUUGAGUGAUGAAGAUGUGCCACGUACUCUUGGAAUCUCUGAACUUUCCUUCUGUGACUUGGCUGGUUCAGAAAGAUGCCAUAAAGCUCAAACCUUUGGAGACAGACUGAAAGAAGCUGGCAAUAUUAAUAAUUCUCUUCUUAUUCUUGGGAAAUGCAUUGCAGCUCUGAAACAAAAUCAAAAUUCAAAAUUAAGGCCAAGUUAUAUUCCUUUCCGAGAGAGUAAACUGACCCGCCUCUUCCAACCAUUCUUCUGUGGUAAAGGCAAAGCCUGCAUGAUUGUCAACGUUAGUCAAUGUGCUUCCACAUAUGAUGAAACACUUCAUGUAAUGAAGUUUUCUGCUGUAGCAAAACAAGUCAUUCCAACAUUUCAACACAAACUCUUUGAUUAUUUUCCUCCGAAGUAUAGCAGGAGAGAAGAUAAACCUACAGUGCAUUUUGAUGACAUAUCAAUUGAGCAAUUUCCUACCUAUGCUGACAUUCCCUCUUCCCCUGAAGAUGAGGAAAUAGAUAUUACUAUUCUGAGCCAUGAGGAUCUCUUGAAAACCACAGAGAUGCUAAAGGAUAAACUGAUUGCAGAGAGGCAGGGCAAAUUACUCCUUGAAGUCCAAAUACGCAAAGAGAUGGCCAAAGCAAUGUUUCAGCAGCUUAUGGAAACAGAAGAAGCUUGGAGUAAACGCUUAGAAGACUUGAAAGAAAGUUAUGAAGAGAAACUGGAGAAUAAAUUUGUAAUGUAUAAAGAUGCCAUAAAGAAGCACGCAUAUACAUGUGCAAUGGACCAAGUUGAAGAACGCUAUGUUCCAAUAGAAGAAUUCAUAGCUGAACAAGAAAAGGUUCAGGAAAGAGAUAUGAAAAUACUAGAGCUGAAACUAAAACUUGGAGAACAAAAUAACCUGCCUUCGGAAAUUCCCUGUUCAGACUCUACAGCAUGGAAGAUGAAUCUAGAUGCUCAAUGCAGAAAGAUGGAAGAAACUUCAGGUGCUUUACAGAAGCCGUGUAAAGAGAGAGAUGAGUUAAUAAAAUCAUUGAAAUGGAAAAUUCAUAAGUUAUACGAAAUGUUGCAAGAUGCCAAAGAAGAAUAUAGAAAAAUAGUUGAGAACACUACAUUAAAGCAGAUGAUAAGUCUUAAGGACCAGGAAACCAUUGGCUUUCAAAAUAGGAAUAAAUGUGACCAUGAACCUGAAGCCACAUUAUCUCAUCUACAAGAAGAAUUAAAAGAAAGCAAAGGUCCAAUAAGUACAGAAAGUAUUAAACAACAUAAAUCCAAAAAGGGAUUCUUUGCAAGCCUUAAUCAUUAGUAACAGAUGUUCCAAGUAAAAUCUACAAAAACCUGAAAACUCACUUUCUGCAUCACUCAGAUUGAUGUCAGUGGCACAUAAAAUGAAAUAACAAUACUAAUCAAGGCAUACUGGACAAAAAUUUAUAAAAUUGGAAACCAUAGGGAUAUAAAUUUAAUCUGAAAGGGAAAAAAAUGUCCUGUAUUUUGUUCAUGGUAAUAUUGGCAUAAAAGAGUUCAUUUGAAACAAAUUGCAAUUUUUAUCUUGGUGCUACAUUUGCCAUCUUCCUGAUGGUGGGAUUACAACCCACAGAAUUUGUUGUGGUGUCAGGAAGAGCUACCAACAGAUCUUGUAGACAUUAGAUGAGGGAAGCAUGCUAAAUAAUAUUUACAUUAGGAAUGCUAUGGCUUGUUCUAAAAUUCCUUCAUUUCGUUUUCCUCAUUUGUAAACUUUUUUUUUUAAUUGUUGCAACAGUGCAUUAAUAUUUAGAUCUUGACAUUCACAUACUUUAGGCUUAUAAGCAUUGUGAAAAUGUGUAGAAAGCUUACCUCUGCUCUUUUGCUCCCCAGGAAUUCAGCCAGGACAACAAUUUUAAUAAUUGAUAUAUUGUUUAUAUUUUGAUACUAUGACUAAUUGUUUGACACCAAUAAACUAUCUUUCUUUUGUACAUGUUCAUCAUCUGUAAUGUUUUCCUUCCCAUAUAAGUGCAAAAAACAUAUGGAAUUCCCAAUACAUUAAAUUUGCAUAACUUUAUAUAUUUAAUUAGUAAAAGAAGAGAUAUUUUGCAGAGGUUAAGCUGUCAGAAGUACAUGGGUAUGUUGAGUGAGAUGCUUUCAUUCUAUGCAGUUAUUUGUCAAAAAUCCAAAUUGGUUUCUAGAAAAAUCUGUAUUUAUUGCCCAUAGUAGAAUGUAUUUUAAAAAUUCCAAGGAAAGGAACAAGUACUAUAAGAGCUAGAAAAAACAUUUUAUGGAAAUAUUUAUUUUAUAAUUUAAUAAAUAGAUGUAACUGAAAAUAUCUUAUAAGGAUUCAAAGAAGCUACAUACAUUACAGGAAAAAUGGAAACUUGUGGUAUUCCAGAUAUUGCAUUUCUAGCAUCCUUUAUCACUGACUAGCUAGCUAGGACAUCUAUUUUAUGUACUCAAACUCCACUAUAAUGAAUCAUAUUCUGGAACAGAUAUGUAAAUCCAGGAGAAUUAAUUUGUUAAAGAAGCUGUCCAUUAUUGUAAUAAGGAAUAAGAAAUUGACCUUGUAUUGGUUCAGAUUUUCAAUAAUGCUUAUUUAUUAAAAUCACAAAAACAUUGAAAUUAUAUUUACAAGUUGACAGUCUGAUUACCCAGUCUACAAAAUAAAUUUCUUCAUUAAAAGUAUAUAACAGUAUUGACCAGCACUACUGAGCAUAGGUUUAAUCAUUGUAUUCCAAUAAUAAUGGAAUGGUGGAAAGCAUUUCAGAAGAUUCACCCAAAACAUUGUCCCCCUCAUAUAUAAUAAAGGGUGUGUGUGUGUGUGUGUGUGUCUGUGUGUCUGUGUGUGUGUGUGUGUCGGAGUGGAUGGGUAGAAUUACUAAAAUCCUGAUGCACACUAUUGUGAAUUGUCUUUGAAAGACUACCAUAUUGUUUAAUAUGAGUUGUGUUCUAGGAUUCUUGCUUCUAAAUGUAUUCAAUUAUUUUUCACCAUAUAAUUUAUGUGUGCCAAAACAUACUUCUUUUAGUUGCAAUAUGCAAUUGUAUUUUUAAAGCUACACAUUUUAGUUGGCUUUUUCCCUAAACACAGUUAAUAAAAUGACAUAAACAGAGUGGGGAAAAUUCUGGAAUGGGAAAUAGCUAUUGAAUUCCAGAAAACCACAAAAGAUUAUUCUAAAGUGAUAUCAUUUUCUUCUCAUUUCCAGCAUAUUUUAUAGAAUCCAUUUUUGAAGGAUACCUUUAAAGGGAAAUUUUCAGCCAUGCUUAUAGAAUAGAUUUUUACAAAAACUUUUUUGCAAGGAAAUGGUAGAAAGAUAAAGGGAUUCCCUCAGAUCUUUGGCAGCUUUUCA